AUGUCACCAUUGACAGAUAUCAGCGAGCAGCUAUCAACAACAGGCAAGGUGGGCCUUGCGAGCGCUGGCGUAUUGGCUCUUUUGAUGGCCAAGUAUCCAGACAGAGCUAUCUUUGACGAGUACCGUGAAGGUAUUCCCCAUCGUAAAGGCGUGCCAUUGUUGGGAAUGCUUCCAAUCGUUCUUUCCAACCGAUAUCGAUUGCAUGACUUGCAACUGGAUAACUUUGAAAGUCUCGAUUCGUUGACUGUAACUUCAUCGAGUUUUGGUGUCAAGCGAAGAAUUUUUACAAUCAAUCCAGAGAACGUUGAACAUGUGCUUAAAAAUAACUUUGAAAAUUAUGCUAAAGGACCACAGCUACAAGCCGCUAUGCACGAUCUUUUGGGACAUGGUAUCUUUAAUGCCAAUGGUGCCCAAUGGCGUUUCCAACGAAAGGCUGCCAGCUUUAUUUUCUCAGUCAAAAACUUCCGUGACCACUUUACAGACGUGUUUGUGCAAGAGAUGCAAUACGUAACGGAUCAUAUUCUUGAUUCAGCUGCCAAAAACCAUCGAGUGGUCGAUUUCCAUGAUCUCAUGUACAAGUUUACAUUGGAUUCAUUUGUGCUUCUCGGAUUCGGUGUAAAGUUGCAUGGCUUGCAGCAGGAGAAGCAGGUCGAAUUCGCGCAAUCCUUUGAUGUAUGCCAACACAAAGCAUCGUGGCGUGUAGCUUUCCCAUUCUGGAAAUCGUAUGAAGCGUUGCAGUCUGUAUUUGUACCUUGGCGCAAGGGCCCGUCACAUCAUCUUAAGGUGGUCGACGACUUUGCUUUCAAGGUUAUUAAGGAGCGUCGUCAACAAAUGGCUGAGGGUCACACAUUCAAAGAUCUGCUAUCCCGUUUCAUGAACACAAGAGAUGAAAAUGGCGAGUUACUUGAUGAUCGUGGAUUACGUGAUAUCAUCAUCAACUUUAUUAUUGCUGGUCGUGACACUACUGCUCAAGCAUUAUCGUGGACAUUUUAUAAUCUCAUGUUGCAUCCACGUGUGGAGAAGAAGCUGGUUGAUGAGAUUUUUGAACAUGUAAAUGCCGAUCUUGAAAGCGACUCACCUGCAUUGUAUGAAGCUAUCAAGGACAUGCCAUAUGCCCAUGCUGUUCUUUAUGAAGUGCUACGCCUAUUCCCAUCAGUACCAGGAAAUCAAAAAUAUGCGCUCAAUGACGAUGUAUUACCGGAUGGCACCCAUGUUCAAGCUGGCGAUUACGUAACGUGGCAUCCUUAUGCAAUGGGUCGCUCUACUAAGCUAUGGGGUGCUGAUGCCAAGAGCUUCAAGCCUGAGCGUUGGUUCAAUGAAGAUGGUCAACUUAAGCGUGAGUCUCAAGGACAAUGGCCAGCAUUCCAUGCAGGCCCUCGUGUAUGCUUAGGUCAACAACUUGCCACAUUGGAGUCGCUCGUGGCCAUUGUGAUGUUGCUACGUCGAUACAAGUUUACGCUUGCACAUGAUCAAGAGGUCACCUAUAUCACUUCUCUCACAUUACCCAUGAAGAAUGGUAUCAAGGUCUUUGUUGAAAAGCGACAAUAA